AUGCCGCGCUCCGACCUCGCAGGCGAUGAGGGAACAGCCCUUAUCUGCCCAGCCCUCCUCUGCCCGGCUCUGAUCCUCCCGGCGGUCGCGGUGGUGGAAUGCAAAAACCAGGAAAUGAUGGAAACAGGACUUGGACGUCCUCUCAGAAUGCCGGAGGAAUGUUCUCCCCGGCGGACCCCGCAGAACGUCCCAUAUCAGGACCUCCCUCACCUGGUCAACGCUGAUGGCCAGUACCUCUUCUGCAAGUACUGGAAACCUGCCGGGACUCCCAAGGGCCUCGUCUUUGUGUCCCAUGGAGCCGGGGAGCACUGUGGCCGCUACGAUGAGCUGGCUCAGAUGCUGGUGGGACUGCAACUGCUGGUGUUCGCCCAUGACCAUGUUGGCCACGGACAGAGCGAAGGGGAGAGGAUGGUAGUGUCCGACUUCCACGUGUUCAUCAGGGAUGUGCUACAGCACGUGGAUGUGGUGCAGAAAGACCACCCGGGGCUGCCCGUCUUCCUUCUGGGCCACUCCAUGGGAGGUGCCAUCGCCAUCCUCACGGCUGCCGAGAGGCCAUGCCACUUUGCUGGCAUGGUUCUCAUUUCACCUUUGGUUCUGGCCAGUCCUGAGUCCGCAACAACUUUCAAGGUCCUGGCUGCGAAGGUCCUCAACGUUGUCCUGCCAAACAUGUCCAUGGGCCCGAUCGACGCCAGAGUGAUCUCUCGGAAUAAGACGGAGGUCGACCUUUAUAACACGGACCCCCUCAUCUGCCGGGCGGGGAUGAAAGUGAGCUUCUGCACGCAGCUGCUCAACGCUGUCUCCAGGGUGGAGCGGGCCUUCCCCAGGCUGACCUUGCCCUUCCUGCUGCUCCAGGGCUCUGCUGACCGCCUGUGCGACAGCAAAGGGGCCUACUUGCUCAUGGAGUCUGCCAAGAGCCAGGACAAGACGCUCAAGAUUUACGAAGGUGCCUACCACGUUCUCCACAAAGAGCUUCCCGAAGUAACCAACUCCGUCUUCCACGAAAUAAACAUGUGGGUCUCUCAAAGGACAGCGGCGGCGGCGAGAACAGGGUCCCCACCCUGA